UCUGUCAAAUACCAAAUUUAAUGUCAUUCGCUGUUGCAUUAAAUAUUUUUAGAUUUUCAAUUUAUUGAUAUUGCUUUGGAGUGCAAUUGCGUAUGUGCGCAGUAGCCCACUAUGUUUGCGAGCAGAGUUAGAAAUGGCGUCCAACGAUACAGCACAAUUAGGUGUAUAGCUUUAGGCUGUCGAACACUUUCAAGUAUUGAUAAUCUUGGUCUAGAGGAGAAACUCGGCGGUUGUUUAUCAUCUUUGCCUCCUAAAGCCAAGGUAGUGAUAUGCGGUGGUGGCGUGAUGGGAGCUGCUGUAGCCUACCACCUGGCCAGACGAGGCUGGGGAGAUCAAACUGUAGUCAUAGAACAAGAAAAGAUUGGAGCAGGCAGUCGCUGGUGUUCCUCAGGGUUAGUGGGUGCAUUCAAACCAUCUCUCGCACAAGUUCAGAUUGCUCAAUCAUCUAUUAGACUUCUAAAGGACCUGGAGUCUCGAGGAAAGCCCACAGGAUGGAAACAAUGUGGAUCACUUCUGUUAGCUAGAACAAGAGAUAGAAUGACAGUUUACAGAAGGAUGAAGAGUCAAUCAGUUUCCUGGGGCAUUGAGUGUGAACUUAUAAGUGCCCAAAAGUGCCAAGAAAUUUGUCCAUUGCUCAAUGUUGAUGAUAUUCUUGGUGGGUUAUGGAUACCUGGUGAUGGUGUAGGAGAUACACAUCAGUUUUGUUUAUCUUUAAUGAGAGAAGCAGUGGAAAAUGGAGUGGGUGUGAUGGAAGAUUGUGCUAUAACUGCAGUACACUCAAAGGAUGGCAAAGUGUCUGGUGUGGACACCACCAGUGGCACCAUCGAGUGUCAGUAUUUUGUGAAUUGUGCAGGAUUCUGGGCUAGACAGGUUGGCCGGCUUUCUAAACCGCAAGUUAAGGUUCCAUUACUACCUUGUGAACAUUACUAUCUGCACACUAAACGAAUUGAUAACUUAGAUCCAAUGACUCCAGUUAUAAGGGAUCCAGAUGGUUACAUUUACCUACGUGAAAGGGACGGUUGUAUUUUGGCUGGUGGUUUUGAACCAAUUGCAAAGCCAGUCAAUGAAGAUGAAAUUAUGAAUGCAGCACAGCGUUGUAUACCAGAAGAUUGGGACCACUUUCACGUUUUGUUACAAGAAUUACUUAAGCGUGUACCAAGUCUCAACCAAGCUAUACUAAACAAAUUGUGCAAUGGCCUUGAAGCAUUUUCACCUGACUGCAAAUGGAUUGUUGGAGAAGCUCCUGAGAUGUUCAACUACCACGUCGCGUGCGGUAUGAAGACAGUCGGGAUAUCAGCGGCCGGCGGAGUGGCGGAGGCCACCGUCGACGAGAUUGUCGAUGGUUACUCAAAGUACGACAUGUAUGAACUCGAUAUUAACCGCUUUCUGGGCUUGCACAACAACAAACGAUUCCUAAGGGACCGGAUGAAGGAAGUACCCGGUGUUCACUAUGGCCUACCAUAUCCCUUCUACGAGUUUGAAACAGGCCGCAACCUCCGAUUAUCACCGAUCUACCCAACUUUACGAGACCGAGGUGCUGUAUUUGGACAAGUGAUGGGUUAUGAGCGGCCUACUUGGUUUGAGUCUGUGGAGAAAAAUACAGUUUCACCGGAAACACCCCGACAGUUCAAAAUAGCUCACACGAAAACAUUCGGAAAACCGCAUUGGUUUGAAACAGUGCAAAGGGAGUAUUGGGCAUGCAGAGAAGCAGUCGGUCUUGCUGACUAUUCUUCGUUUACUAAAAUUGAUAUUCAGUCUCAAGGCAACGAGGUGGUUGAUCUCCUACAAUACAUAUGCUCGAACAACGUUGACGUACCCAUUGGCAGUAUCAUUCACACCGGCAUGCAAAAUGAGCGGGGUGGCUAUGAAAACGACUGCAGUCUUGCCAGAAUAUCAGAAAACCACUAUAUGAUGAUAGCGCCUACAAUUCAGCAGACUCGGUGCAAAGUGUGGCUAAAGCGUCACCUGCCGCGGAACGGAUCUGUGACUCUGUCUGAUGUGACGUCAAUGUACACAGCAAUUUGUAUCUUGGGCCCGUUCAGCAGAAGCCUUCUUUCGGAACUUACUGAUACAGAUCUGUCUCCAUCUAACUUCCCCUUCUUCACCUGUAUGGAGUUGGACGUUGGCCUGGCCAAUGGAAUCCGUGCCAUGAAUCUCACCCACACAGGCGAAUUGGGAUAUGUGUUAUACAUCCCUAAUGAGUUCGCCCUUCACGUUUACAACCGUUUGAUGACAGUUGGGGAAAAAUACGGAAUUAACCAUGUGGGACAUUAUGCUACACGUUCGUUAAGAGUUGAGAAGUUUUUCGCUUUCUGGGGCCAAGAUCUUGAUACGAUGACGACGCCCCUCGAAUGUGGACGUACUUGGCGAGUCAAGUUUGACAAAGACAUAAAGUUCAUAGGUCGCGACGCGCUGCUUCGUCAACGCGAUGAAGGUAUUCGGAGACAAUACGUCCAGCUGUUGCUCACCGACCACGAUCACGAGCUGGACUUGUGGUCGUGGGGCGGAGAGCCCAUAUUCAGGGAUGGAAACUACUGCGGCCAAACCACAACCACAAGCUACGGAUUUACAUUUAAGAAACAGGUUUGCCUUGGCUUCGUGCAAAACUUGGAUGAGAAUGGUGUGCCUCAGCAAGUUACUAAUGACUACGUUCUUAGCGGUCAUUAUGAAAUUGACGUCGCUGGAAUACGAUACGCUGCGAAAGUGAACCUCCAUUCUCCACAUUUACCGACUAAAUAUCCUGAUAAGGAACGUGAUGUAUACCAGGCGACUCGAAAACUACACGAUCCUGAACAAUUCCUCGGCAGACAUUAUCAACCUUAGGCGACGACUUUACGAUGAGAAAUAUCCACCUGCAAGAAGUCAUUUGUUCAUGUUUUUUCAUUAUUAUGUGCCCACAUGUAAUGUAUUUCUUUGAUGAUACUCAAUUACCUGAUUUUAUUAUGACAUCCUUUGCAGUUUUAUUAAGUUUGCUAUGAUAUUGCUUGCCUUAUGAUGCUCCUAUUAAUAUCUAUACGUAUUUCAAGAUUUAAUUGAAUUUCCAAUGCACAACGUUUGUUAAAAAUGUUUCUUGUUUAAUUAUAUUUGAAAUAAAUAUAACAUGUUGUGUAAAUAAUAAAAGGUUUCGAUUUAUC